GCGUGGCAAAGGAAUUUAGGCGAAAUUACAAGGGAGAAGACGUAGACCAUACAAUACACAAAAAUUAUAUCUCCAGUAAAUCAUCUCCCUCCUCGCUCUCUCCCUUGGCGUCAAUGGCUUCCUUCAAUUCGUUCCCCAUUCCCAAACAGAUUGCCGGUUCUUCUUCUUCUUCGUCUUCCUCUUCUUCUCGGCCACGUAUCUUGGUGCGAUCGAGUAUGGCGUCGUCGAUUGGCUCCACCAAUAGUAUGCUGGUCUUCGUACCUCCACACCCUUUGAUUAAACAUUGGCUCUCCCUUUUGCGAUGCGAGCAAACUUCUUUCCCCAUUUUCGUUAGAAUUCCGGUGAAUUCUAUGGGAAGCAGGAUUUACCAGAAAUAUCCUCUAAAAGCAUGUGGCUGUGCAUCUGCAACUCCUUGCACUGCAGAAAAUGUGUAUGUAGAGCUCAAAGAUCCAAAGAAAAGUAUUGGCGUUGUAGAACAAAUGUCAUCUGCAGAAAAAGCCAAUUUAUCUCGUAGCAUGUUGCAAUACAAUCUGCUAGGGAAGAACCUUUUGGCACUAGAGGAAACUUUUGUCUCCUUGGACUCGUUAAGAAUGGAAAGAGAUAUUAUGUUGCAAAUGGGGAAGUUGGGGGCUACUGAGUUAUUCAAGACCUGUUUAUCUAGGUCCCGUGGUUCUUCAGUCACUUCAUGCUUAUCUGACACAGGGACCGAGUUGGUGGUAGCUACAGAAGAACAGCAGACCUUUGUGCCUUCGAGAAGAAAAUUGAAAAAGAAAGCAAGAAGGUCGAGUUUGAGUACUGGUAAAGGUGAUCAGGGUUCUUUGUUGAUCGGUUCAAGAACCACAUGGAACGAUAUUGAUGCCCCUAGACUGAGAAAGUCAUCAAAAUAUAGAAAGAAAAGAGAGAGGAUAUCUAGAAACGAGGCUGAGAUGUCAGCAGGAGCCAAGAUAGUGGCGGACAUGGAGAGAAUCAGAACGAAAUUAGAAGAGGAAAGUGGUAAGGUAGCGAGUAUGAGUUGUUGGGCUGAAGCAGCAGGAAUGAACGAGAUACUUCUGAUGCGCAACCUACAUUACGGAUGGUACUGUAGAGAUGAGCUGUUGAAAAGCACCCGGUCUUUGGUUCUCUUCCUUUCAAGAAAUUACCGUGGACUGGGGAUAGCCCACGAAGAUUUAAUUCAGGCAGGGAAUGUGGGAGUGUUACAAGGAGCAGAGAGGUUUGAUCACACAAGGGGUUACAAGUUUUCGACGUAUGUGCAAUAUUGGAUAAGGAAAUCGAUGUCCAUGAUGGUGUCACGGCAUGCAAGAGGCGUUUAUAUUCCUUCGUCUGUAAUCCGAACUAUGAGUCAGAUACAAAAGGCUCGUAAGACGUUGAAAACGAGCCACGGGAUAAAGUAUCCGGCCGAUGAGGAGAUUUCGAAAGAAACAGGCUACUCGUUGAAGAAGAUUCGAGCAGCUAACCAAUGCCUGAAAGUGGUUGGUUCAAUCGACAAGAAAGUUGGGGAUUGCUUUACUACAAAAUUCCUGGAAUUUACACCGGACACGACGAUGGAGAGUCCCGAGGAGGCUGUGAUGAGGCAGAGCGCAUGGAGAGACGUACAUGAUCUUCUACAGGGACUAGAGCCAAGAGAGAAGCAAGUGAUGGUUCUACGUUAUGGACUUCAAGGCUUCAGGCCCAAGUCUCUUGAAGAGAUUGGGAAGCUUCUUAAAGUUAGCAAAGAAUGGAUUCGGAAGAUCGAACGGAGAGCAAUGGCUAAACUCAGGGACCAAGCCAACGCCGAAAAUCUCAGAUUUUAUUUGAAUCCAUAAAAAGAUAUAGAUUUUUGUUACCAAUGGCUUUUAUGGCUUGUAAUAACAUUGGAUUGGAGAUCUCUGGAGUGUAGUAAAGUUAUGUAUAUUUUAAUAUUAUAGAGAAAAUAUAGAUUUUAUCCUAAAUUGGAAA